UAAACCUCAGAUGAAGAAGUUAUCCGUUUAUACCGCGCUCUCUGUUGUUGUUAUGCCAGUAUGCUGCCUUAAUACAAACAGUUAGACGUGUUUCUUUUAAGAGAAAAAUACAGUUUUUGAAUCAGGUCAGUAAAUAACUGUUAUAUUCUCAUCCUCACAGUCGUGACUAAGUUUUGAAUCAAGCAGGAAUAUCUGGAGAAGUAUCAUCUGAACUGAGAUCUGCUGCUGUGAAGAUGGAGUUUAUUAAAGAAGAGAGUGAAGAGAACACGAGUGAACCAGAAACCUGGAGAAUAAAACACGAGGAACCAGAAACCGGGAGAAUAAAACACGAGGAACCAGAAACCUGGAGAAUAAAACACGAGGAACCAGAAACCUGGAGAAUAAAACACGAGGAGCCAGAAACCUGGAGAAUAAAACACGAGGAGCCAAAAACCUGGAGAAUAAAACACGAGGAGCCAGAAACCUGGAGAAUAAAACACGAGGAGCCAGAAACCUGGAGAAUAAAACACGAGGAACCAGAAACCUGGAGAAUAAACCAUGAGGAACCAGAAACCUGGAGAAUAAAACACGAGGAACAAGGAGAAUUAAUUGAAGAAAAAGAGGAGAAUGAAGAAUCAAAUGAAGUUGAGGAGAAAAAUCAUGUCAAAACUGGAGGAAAACCAAUUAGUUGCACUCAAACCAAACAGAAAGAUUUAAAGAAAAAAAGAGUCAAGAAAUCUUUCACCUGCACUCAGUGUGGAAAGAGAUUCACACACAAAACAGGUUUUGAGCAUCACAUGAGAAUUCAUACUGGAGAGAAACCAUUCUCUUGUGAUCAGUGCAGGAAGCGUUUCAAACAAUCCGCAAACCUGAAGAUACACAUGAACAUCCACACUGGAGAGAAGCAGCACACAUUUUUAUGGGUUUCACUUCUGAAGAAACACUUAAAAGUUCAUGCAGAGGAGAAGCCACAUCCAUGUCAUUUGUGUGGUAAGAGUUUUUUGCAUCUACAAAGUUUGAAAGUACAUAAGAAAACACAUAGUGCUGAUACAGAGUACAUGUGCUUUGAGUGUGAAAAGACUUUUAGUUCAGUGAGCAGUUUAAAACAGCACCAGAGGAUCCACACUGGAGAGAAACCUUACAAGUGUGCACACUGUGACAAGAGAUUCAGUGAAUUAUCACAUCUGAAAACACAUGAGAGGAUCCACACUGGCGAGAAUUCUUAUAAGUGUUCACACUGUGACAAGAGAUUCAGUGAUUCAUCAACUCUGAAAACACAUGAGAGGAUCCACACUGGAGAGAAACCUUAUAAGUGUUCACACUGUGACAAGAGAUUCAGUGAUUCAUCAACUCUGAAAACACAUGAGAGGAUCCACACUGGAGAGAAACCUUAUAAGUGUUCACACUGUGACAAGAGAUUCAGUCAGUCAUCAAGUCUGAAAACACAUGAGAGGAUCCACACUGGAGAGAAACCUUAUAAGUGUUCACACUGUGACAAGAGAUUCAGUGAAUUAUCAGCUCUGAAAACACAUGAGAGGAUCCACACUGGAGAGAAACCUUAUAAGUGUUCACACUGUGACAAGAGAUUCAGUCAGUCAUCAAGUAUGAAAACACAUGAGAGGAUCCACACUGGAGAGAAACCUUAUAAGUGUUCACAAUGUGACAAGAGAUUCAGUGAUUCGGCAAGUCUGAAAAGACAUGAGAGGAUUCACACUGGAGGGAAACCUUAUAAGUGUUCACACUGUGACGAGAGAUUCAGAGAUUCAUCAAGUCUGAAAAAACACGAGAGGAUCCACACUGGCGAGAAACCUUAUAAGUGUUCACAAUGUGACGAGAGAUUCAGUCAGUCAUCAAAUCUGAAAACACAUGAGAGGAUCCACACUGGCGAGAAACCUUAUAAGUGUUCACACUGUGACAAGAGAUUCAGUAAUUCAUCAAAUCUGAAAACACAUGAGAGUAUUCACACUGGCGAGAAACCUUAUAAGUGUUCACACUGUGACAAGAGAUUCAGUAAUUCAUCAAGUCUGAAAACACAUGAGAGGAUUCACACUAAAGAGAAACCUUAUAAGUGUUCACACUGUGACAAGAGAUUCAGUGAUUCAUCAAAUCUGAAAAAACACGAGAGGAUUCACACUGGAGAGUAACCGUAUCACUGCACUGUAUGUGGGAAGCAUUUAAUUCAGUCAUUUGUUAUACACAGUCAUAUAAAACAAUCACAGUAAGGCCCCGUACAAAUGGAGACACGUUUAGCUGUAUAUGUACAUUUUUCCUGUGGUAUA